GCUUGUUAGCACACUAUGUCUUCUGUUUCCAGCCAACCACAGUUCCGUUACACACAACCCCCUACUAAGGUUCUUCAUUUGAGAAAUUUGCCAUGGGAAUGCACCGAAGAGGAGCUGAUUGAACUUGGGAAGCCCUUUGGUAAGGUUGUGAAUACAAAGUGCAAUGUUGGGGCCAACCGAAAUCAGGCUUUCAUUGAGUUUGCGGAUUUAAAUCAAGCAAUAGCAAUGAUUUCAUACUACGCUUCUUCGUUGGAGCCUGCUCAAGUUCGAGGUAAAACCGUCUACCUCCAGUACUCCAACAGGCAAGAAAUAGUGAAUAACAAAACGACAGCAGAUGCUGCUGGAAAUGUUCUGUUGGUGACAAUUGAGGGUCAAGAUGCUCGCAUUGUCAGCAUCGAUGUUUUGCAUCUGCAGGGCCAUGUCAAGGCAAUAUCUUCAGUGGCAGCCUAAUGCGUUAGGAGAAAGAUCGCAUGUAUUCUCGGCUUUUGGGUUUGUCCACAAAAUUACCACUUUUGAGAAGACUGCUGGAUACCAAGCGCUGGUGCAAUUCUCUGAUGUGGAGACUGCUACUUCUGCGAAGAAUGCUCUUGACGGAAGAAGCAUUCCUAGGUAUUUACUCCCUGAGCAUGUGGAGCCAUGCAGUCUUAAGAUUACUUAUUCUGCUCAUACAGAUUUAACUGUCAAAUUCCAGAGCCAUCGAAGCAGGGACUAUACUAACCCUUACCUCCCAGUUGCACCAUCAGCCAUUGAUAGUACUGGCCAGGUGACAAUGGGUGUGGAUGGAAGGAAGUUAGAACCUGAAAGUAACGUUCUUCUAGCAUCUAUCGAGAACAUGCAGUAUGCAGUGACUUUGGAUGUUUUGCACAUGGUUUUCUCGGCCUUUGGACUUGUUCAAAAGAUUGCCAUGUUUGACAAGAACGGUGGUCUCCAGGCUCUAAUUCAAUACCCAGAUGUCCAAACUGCGGUUGUGGCGAAGGAAGCGUUGGAGGGACACUGCAUUUACGACGGUGGAUUCUGCAAGCUCCACAUCACUUAUUCUCGCCACACCGAUCUCAGCAUAAAAGUAAACAACGACAGAAGCAGAGACUACACCAUACCCAACCCAGCCGUGCCUAUCCCGGCCCAACAACCCGGGAUGCAUCCAAGCUCUCACCCCUACAGCAGCGGCGCCCAGUGGGUCUCACCAGGGCAGUCCAUGCCUAUGGCCAUGGGAGGAGGUCAUUAUCCUUACAUGGGUCCCGCACCAGGGUCCAUGAUGCCGCAGCAGCAGCAGCACUCAGGGCCCGGUCCGAUGCCAUCUUAUGGCACUGGCUCUGGUACUGGUCAGAUGCAAUGAGACCAUUGCUUGGUUGGUCCCAUGAGAAGAUGUCUCUCUUCUUGGUUUUUAGUAAAUUUGUCUUAACCAUUUGGUACUCUUUUUUUUUUUUUGAAACACAAACAGCUUUGUGUCUGAAAAUUCAAGCAGAUAUAUUCACCUUAAUAUGCUAAUAUAUAUAUAUGCUUUUGGCAUGUAACCCUAUUGACUGUUACAUUUCCCUUUAAAUUGAAGUGGCCAUAUAUUAUUA